AUGUUGGCUACGACACACCAGUCAAGUACGCAAAGAACCACCUUUCGCACUGUACCUGGCACAAAGGAACCAACUACACUGACAUCUACUCUCGCUGAGACAACAGCCCCUACUGUAACAACACUUCAGACCAGCACACAAAGAACAACCAGAUUUUCCACUCAAGGCGGCAGCACAUUGCAAGAUGAUUCGACCCUUGGCACUACAUCACUAUAUGAAACGACUCAACACCAAAGUACGCAAGGAAAUAGGCUUUCGACAUUGCAGGGAACAACGAAGCAAAGUACACUUACAUCUACCCCUGAAGAAACCACCGUUCCUGAUGAGACAACAGAGCAUAUAUCAACAGUCACCAAAGAAAUGACGGCAACAGAUCUCUCUUCCUCAACAGCAGUUAUGUCAGAACUGCCAACAACUUUUCAUAUCUCAAUGGAAAGAUCAACGACGUCCAAGGACACAACAGUUGAAACAUCAACGGAACCACUUACCACUCAGUCUUCGAAAACAGCUAGCAGAACACAAACUACGACAUCCUUUGAUGCAUCAACGAUGACAACAUCAAAUGCGCACACUACACAAUACUUGAGUUCGCCUAUCUAUAGCACAGCUGUACCUACUUUGCCUACAUCUCAGCACGCGACCACCACUUCGGUCACAACAAAUGCUCCAACCACUAUAUCUCCAACAAUGGAGUUAACAACACCGAUAUCUACUGAAUCACCCACCAUAUCCAAAUCUUCGUCGACUGUCGUUACAACGCCAACAACAAUUGUACUGGAUACAUCGACAGAUUAUAUGACAACCCACCAUUCUCCAAGCCAAAAAACAACAUCAGAACCUGCGUCUACAAGCGGUUCCACAGAGGCAACGACAACUAAGCUCACAAUUGGCCACACAACAACACAGUCUUCACCGCAGUCGACCAUUGAUACAACCACAAAGUUGCCAACUACCACAUCGUCUCAAGUAACCACCGUCCAACAAAGUACAAAAGUUCCAAGCACAUUAUCGCAGACGUUAGAGCAAACAACUUUAGCAACAUCGGGAUCACCUUCCACACAUAAAUCUUCCACUGUCAUAACAACUUCAUCUGCAACGUCGACGUAUCAUUUUUCAACUGAUCAAACUACAAGACAGGCAGCAACGACGGAACCUACGUCAACAAGGGUCUCCACGGAGGCUACAACAAACAUUCUCACCACGAACUCAGAAAAGAGCACGUCAGCAUCUAGUCCUAAAGGGACCUCUGUCUCUGACCAGUCAACAGUAGUGACCAGUACCCAAAGACCAUCCACGCUGAGGUCCACCAUUGAUACAACUGCAAUGUUGGCUACGACUCACCGGUCAAGUACGCAAAGGACCACCUUUCGUACAGUACCUGUCACAGUGGAGCCAACUACGCUGACGUCUACUCUUCCUGAGACCACAACACCUACUACAACAACACUUCAGACCAGCACACAAGAAACAACCGGAUUUUCUACUCAAGACGGCAGCACAUUUCAAGAUGAUUCGACCACCGGUCAAUCUUCAGUACAUUCCCCAACUCGAACGACUGAAAACAGCGACAGAUCAUUUGACAACGUCCAAGGCCUCUACCGAGAAACCAACAACGGAGUAUGCUUCCACGGAGUUUCCAAUACAUUCUAUAACAAAAUUACAUAG